GAGUUCAAUCAUUUCCUAACGGACAUUACUAGAGAUUACUUGCAGUGAAAUCAGAAGCAAACAGUUGGACUAUUCAAACAGAAAGUGUAUAGUGUUAAUGUGCUUUGGAUUACUAUUGAAGGCAGAAUGUUGACCUGUGAGAAGAUGGAUAACAACAACCUGUCCCCAAGCACUGGGAUUACUAAUGGGACAGGCAUGAAUAACAACAACAGCAGCGAGAAUAUCUACAUCGAUAUUCCGACGCCUUCGACCAGAAGUGUUUCGCCACUGUCCUCGGCCUCACCAGGAAAGGAUAAAUCGUUCGGGUUCUUUCACAAUAUCUACCGGAAGAUAAGUUUGAAAUCCAAUGACGAAAACAGUGCUCAUGAAGAAGACUCUCGGAGUUCCUCGGUAGACUCGUGUUCCUCGCUCAGUGAUCGCCUCCAAGCACCUCCAAAGCAGCGCCGAUCCAGCCCGUGCGUUGAACUGGCAGAUCAAACAUCCACGCUGGAAACCUCAGGCACGUCUUCUGACUCGGUGAACAAUUUGGACAAACAGGGAAGAACCACCCGGAGGUCUUCGGUUCGUAAGCUCCUUGAGAGCCUAUCGAUCGGAACUCCCCCAAGGGCGCGAUCCCUUUCCUGCAGCAGCACCUCGGUGAACUUCCUCAGCAGUCAGAAAAGCCUUAAACAGAAGGCCGAAUCGAAAGCAUCGUUGUUCAGCUCCAACAGUGCUUCGGCCACCACAACGACCAACACCAAUGCCAGCAGCAAACCACCGCCAAAGAAGAUCCUCCGCAGACCAGUUUCCUACACCUACAUCCGGGGUAUCUCCGGACUGCCAACGCAACGUGUUCCCAGGUCUUCGAUCUGCUGUAGCUACUAUGCGCGCUAGGUGAACCAUCAGGACACCUAAGCGCCACAAUGUCGCCAUAUCAACACUUCUAUAAACCUACGGAUAGUAAUAAUUCCUCCGGAACAAGUAUCGCAGAGCAGCAGAACGAACUUAAGUGACUUAUGAGUGUUUGUAUGAUCGAGAAGCGUUUUCAGUGAAGUUUGGGAAGGACUUUGGGACAAACACAACUAAAUUGGCAUUCGGUACCUUGCAAAUUUGAUAUCUUUUACGCAGCCACUGAUUGGACUAUGUAUUGUGUUAAGUAGUUUGUAAAAAGGAAGAUUCAAAAGAAAAAACGAAGUUAGGUGAUGAAUUGAGAUAUGAUGGACUUUGGUGGAAACCCGGACGAUUAAAGUGCAAUUAAAUACUCUUAAUUGAUAGAGUGCUCCACAGCAUUCAAAGCUUAUGGAAUAAGAGAACAAAAUUGACCAAUAUAAUUAAUUGAUAUGACACGGUGGAGUAUUGCGGAUACCUUUGUUUGAAAACUAAGUGAUCUAGUUAAGCUUACUACUAGUGUUAAUUAAAAAAGGAUGUGAAUGAUGCGCGGAUUGAGUGUAUGUGUUGUACGUUUGAUAGAAGAAAAAAUAUUCAAGCUCAAUUCCGAUACUGUGUAGGGUGGAUGAAACAGUGUAAAGAUGUCACGGAGCUGAUAAACACCAACAAAUUCUAAACUUUGAGUUUUAAGGAGUUACAAUGAUUACUAUCGAUAGAAUUUACAUUACUCUACUGUGUUUCCUUAUGUCAUUUUGUCCACUUCCCUUGACGUUCAAUCAUGUAAAAACUAAUCAAAGAAAAAAAAUAUCAACGGUAAAUAUUGACUUGUCAAUGCACUAAUGUUCGAGUUGAUCUCGUUUGUUUUGUAGAUAAUUUGCAUCAUUAAUAAAAAUGAAAAUAUAAAUACAGUCGCUAACCAUUUACAUGUCCUAUCCGAACAUCCUCUCGAAAAAUCCAAAAUCUCAAGUCUCUUCCAUGUGAUUGAUCUGCAAUGUGAACACUGAUCCAGGUAAGUCUUUAUUUGGAAUUUUAGACAAAAAAUAACU